ACGAAAAACACACAACCAUAGAAGAAUCGAAUCAUAACAAAGACUCGACAAACUCGAAACAACAACCAUGAUCCGUCCAAUGAGCCAAAUCACCAACAUCUUCAGCGGUGUCGCCGAAGAUGUCCGUGCCACGGCUUCUUCAGCAGCCGCAAAGCUGGAAUCGACCACAGCAGCCGCAAAGCUGGAAUACAGUGGCCUCUCGACAGCCGCAAAGCUGGAAUACAAGGGCUUCUCAGUAAACACCCGCUUGGGUCUCGUCAAACUGGAAGACACCUUUUCGGCACUCGGAGACAAGUUCUACACGGCAAAGGCCCAGAAAGAAAGAGAGAUUGAAGAAAAAGAUAGGGAAGCAAGGGAGCUUGACAGGAUGCAAAAAGAUAAGGCAGCAGAGGAGGAAGGAAGACGACAGUGCCUGGAAAUCAUCCGAAAUCACCUGAUUGACUAUCUAGAACGCAACACAGAGGCAACAUUCGAAGAAUGGCUGGCGGAUCUGCAUCCAGAGAAUGCCAAAACUGGGGAACUGGAUUCUCGUUUUCUCAUCCCAGGAAAUCCUUGGGCGGCCAUUUUUGAAGAGGAGGUCGCCCACAGGCCAAAACCAGCGUGCCCACCAAGAAAGCUUCAUCGAGUGAUUAGCGUUUGAGUAAACGGUCUGGCUCUCUUCCUCUGGGGGUCAUAAGGUCAACUCUGGCCCUAUUCCUUCGCUCCUCGUCCUGUGAUGGACCGACAGCAACUACAGCAACAACGACAUCAGGGCCUGCGAGACCCCGAGAUACGGGCCGACUCCCAUGUACUGUUUCCUCGACACCGAGGAGAUGCUGUCGAUGGAUUGCAUAAGUUAUUUAACGCAGCGAAUUAGUUUCUGAAUUCCGUUGUAAGCCCAUACUUCAUACGCAGUUGUUCUUGCCA